UCACGCGCGGGGACACCGGAGGCGCGUGCACAGUCCGUGUAACGGCCUUGCUUGGCGCGUCUCUGUUUCUCCUCUGGGAGGCUGAGAGUCGCGGAGCUUCCUGGUUGGAGGCUGUGGCGGACGCGAUUUGCUUCCUCAUAUAGGGUUCCGGAGGCGGCGGAAAGUCCAGCGGGUCUCCGAAGCCGGUAGACGGAGCCAUGAAGAAGACCUCGGGCUUCAGGAGGCGGAAGGGCGGGCUGCCCUGGGGCUCGGUCAGCAGCCCCGGGAAGGUGGGCGCGGGCGCCGGGAGUGAGAGUGCGGACCACGCCUCCUCCCAGCCCAGGCGCCACGACCCGGACAAGGGGCUCGACAGGCUCCGCAGAGCUGCCGGCGGGGACCGGACAGAGACGAUGCGGCGGAUCCUUUCUCUGCCGAAGAGUGGCGUGGAUGACAGAGACAAGAAGAACAGGCUGUCCUGUGGACAGAGUUCUGGUGACUCAUGGCUUUCAGUAGAUGACGAACCCUUUGAUUCUGAUGCCAAGACUACCUUUGAGAAUGUUCCACAGAAAUAUGAUAGUCACUUAACUGGAGCUGAUGGUCAAAGAGGAAAAUGUACAAUAAAGGAACAAGAAGAUUCUCUUGAGCAAUAUCAUCACUUGAAGCCUAAGGUUGAAAUCAAAGAGUGUGUUUCGAACCAGGUGGUUGGAAUGAAAGAUGUACAAGCAUGCACAUCAGCAGAACAAGAUUUAGAAGUGACGUCAGAGCAAGAGCCAGAAAGGCUUGAAGGAAGUGAAAAUAACAAGCCACAGAUCCUGUUAACCUACUGAAAAUUCAGGAUGCAGUUCAUUCAUGGGAAAGAUCAAUAGAAGUUGAAAAAAAUCACUGUGAACUACUUACAGUAAAAAUGAAAAAAAUGGAAAAUGAGGUCCAUGUACUACAAAAGGAG